CCGGGUGCGAGGCGGCGUGCGUCGUUCGUUGAGCGUGCGGUGUGGCCUGUGAUGUCGCGCGCGCGCCUUGCGUGCGGUUCCCGUCGCAUGCGUGGCGCCCGACCACCCGCUUGCCGGCGCGCAUGACGGCUGCCGUGCUCCAGUGAGCGCGCACUACGCCCGGCCACGGAGCAGCGAUCCCGGCGGCCUGCACAGCUCGGCGACUGGAGGAAGCAAUGGCGUUGCCAGCCUUGGCCCUUGUGCUGCUGGUGGUGACCUGCAGCGGUGCCGAGGCGUGCGGCGAGACGCGCGACGGCGCCGACAAGGGAAUCGUGCGGCCGCCUCGCCCACUUCGAGCCAGUGACCGGCUCAACUGCACGUGGGUGCUGCGCGCCGCCCCGGGAUUGCGGUUGUUGGUGCGGUUGGACAACGUGCACCUACCGUCGCCGGCGCUAAGGAGCGCCGCGUUGCGCCUCAGCGUCAACGGCCGCGUGAGCGAGAUCACGCGCGACUGCGUCAACUGCCUCGACGCCACGCUAGCCGGGGAGACCGUGGAGGUCCACUUCGUCUCCAGUCCCCUGGCCGAUGGUUCGGAGCCGGGCAGCUUCCAGCUCCGCUACCGAGCCUUCGACCCCAACCAGUGCGAGCGACCGCGGCCCCCGAGCCAGGGCUACGUGGUGGGCCGCGACUGGCAACUGGGCCGCGAGGUGCGCUUUGCGUGCAACCCGCCGCUGGACCCGUUGGGCCACGCGACCGUGGCGCGCUGCGAACCGGGGGACGACGGCGUGCCCCGCUGGAGCCGCGCCGCACCCCGCUGCGCGGCCAGCGACUGCCGCCGGGGCCCCGUGCGGCGCGUCGCCGGUGCCGGCGCCAUCGCGAGCCCCGGCUACUUGGAGAGGAGGCUGCCGGCCAACCGUCGCUGCGAGUGGCACAUCAGCGCGCCGCCCGGCCACCAGGUGUGGGCGACCUUCAGGCAGCUGCGCCUGCCAGGUGCAACGGGUGGCGACGGGCCGCAGCUGUACCUGUUCGACGGCGACGAGUCGACGCCGCUGGCCAACAUGAGCGGCGUGCAGCUCAAGCCGCCGCCGCUGAAUGUGACGAGCGUGUCGAACCGGCUUAUCGUGUUGCUGCUGACGAGCGCACGGCCCGCCGACGACGCCGUAGUGUACAUGGAGUACGCGGCUCGUCCUGCCGCUUGCCCGGAGCCCGCAAAGCCCGCGAGCGGCUCGCUGGUGGCCCACAGCCUGGGCGUGGGCUCGCGCGUCGCCUACCGCUGCGACAGCGGACACGCCAUGGUCGGCGACCCGGCCGCCGAGUGCCUGCCGUCCGGCGAGUGGAGCGCCUCGCCGCCGCAGUGCGUGCCGCAGGAGGAGCCAGCCGACGACCAACAGGACGUCUCGGUGGACGCGCACGUGGUCGCGUCGGCCCACGACGACCUGGUCGUUCCCCUGGGCGGACCGCGGGGAUUCACCGUGGCUCCGGCGACCACCACCGAGCUCGCUGCCACAUGGGUCAACGAGGAGGAGCCUGUGACAACCGCUGUGACGACGUCGCCGCCGCUGUUGCCCACCACUACUGUGCCGCCGUCUUCCGAGGAGGCGCUCGACCCGCUACCGCAGAGCAGCAAGCUGGACCGGGAUCGCUGGAAGCCAUACGAGCAGGACAUCAACCGGGCUGCAGUACUGGCGAAGGGGCCUCCACGCAAGCCUUCGGCACACAUGGAUCCAUGGCGGGCCUCUGACCACGCCGCCGUAUUGGUUGGAGAAGAGCUCCUUCCGCACGACACCGAGCCCGGUGACGUCGCAACCUCCGGCGUCGAUAACGACCUUGACAUCCCGGAUCGAGGUGGUAGCGAUGGCCUGGAGGAUGGUCUCACGGUAACCAUGGUAGCUGUCAUCGUCGCCGUCACUGCCCCUCUUGCAAUCGCUCUACUGCUGCUAAUCGUGCUCGUGGCCUACCGGCGCCGCUAUCCUGUACGGAUGAACUUCGGCCGCAAGUUUUCUACUUUUGAGAACCCGGCCUACGUACGCAAGGACGCCCGGGACCCCCGGGAAUUGACCCGGCUUUCGAUCGCUGACCGAGACCGCUUCUGAAGCGGAGAAACUGCUCGGCAGUCUAGUCGUUGUUGCGAGGCAAAGCGAAAUUGCCACGCGGAUCCGGCAACACAGAAUGAUAGGACGAAGCAACCAAAUGGUAAUGGCCGUUCUGCUCAUAAACGGCAUAUCACGUUUUACUUGAAUGUGGUGCUGCUUUUUUUUUCCCUCGCGACUUCUCCUGCUCACUUGAUUUUCCAAAGGCAACAUUUUAGCCCUUCCACCGUCGGAAGAGGCCCACUGGUCAUUUGGCAUUACCUUUGAACUCAGCACUCCUUGGCCCGGUGACAACCCGGUGUGUCCAGCGAUUGCCAUGUUUCAGCUGACGAUCGGUCUGUGGCUGGCAAAACUUUUUUCUACUGCCGUUGAUCAGCGGACUAUUGGAGCGUGUGUGGUGCUGGAAUGUGUUGCAUAAGUGACAACAGGGGUGACUGGCGUUUGAGCUGCCUCCGCGUAUUCUCGUCGUAGGCUGCUUUCUGCGUCGUACCUUCUCGUGGAAUGCUCUCCAGGACUGUCGAGGUGGCGGAAAGGUGAUGUGAUCCGGUGAUCGUGGACCUUAGCGUGCGAAAGGCUUUCGAAGGCCUGCACAUGAGCAACGGUAUCUUCAAGACAGCGAAACGCCCAGGUGCUGCAUUGUGUGUGUUCGAAACUUCUUGAGCUCCGCCUACUAUGCGUGUUUGAUUAUUGUUUCUCUGAACGUACAACUAGUGUUCACAGGAGUCAUACUUCUACCAUUAUUAACUUCCCUUUCUGCAUACGGAACAGCGUUUUAUACACCAGGAAAAUAAUGAGCGACGCCACGAAGCGUCGUCGUCAGCAAUUUUUCAAUGAUUUUAUUUCUUAUUUGUGUACACGAGUAUAUACGAAGCAACAAACAAGAUGCACAAGAAUAAGCGUUACAUCAACGGUAUUCUUGCGUGCUAAGUGCCUCCUUCCGUCUUUCGUGCGCUAAAACAGUGGUCAAGAUGCAUCCUUAAAAGCGCGUUGUUUUUCAGUAAAGUGGACGCUUUUGCGAUUGCCCUGUAGGUCAAUAAUUAACUGAUUAUUCAUUGUCUUUCUCCACAGCUGUUUACAGUCUUUACAAAUUAUUCCGGGAUCGUAUAAAAUACGAAGAGAGCUACUGUCGCGUCAAUGAACGCCGAAGUGACUACUGGGAGCUUUUGAAUCCUUUUUAUAUUGCCGACUGAACCGCUUGUUCAGGAAGCGACCGGUUGGCGCUUUGUCUUCAUAGACUUUGUCUUCCUGUCCUCGUUGUUUCGUACGGGCAGUUCCUGUAACUGAUCAGAGCGUGCACCUGUGUUAUUUUUACGCUCAAAGGUGCAAGCUGCAGACAAGCAUGUAGCUGUUCUAGAGGGGUUUCAAACGACAAACUGAUGAAUGGUAGCUGCCAGUGGUAGUGACCAAGAAGCAGAGAUAUGUCAUUUAGCCACGAUAAAAAAAAACCGUUUAGAUAGUACAGUCUCAUACGGAGAGUAGCAGGGUGCUACUGGCAGGAGCGAUUGCGUGGGUCGUCGAGGCGGAUACAAAACUAGCGUCGAAUCACUGCGAGCGCAGCUGUUCGCCGAAAUUCAGCUAAUGCGUUUUCGAACCCCUUUGUCUAUUUACUUUCUGGGGUGCUUAUACGAAUUGAAAUAGAAUAAUUGUGCGUCUUGUUUAUCUAACCUCAGUAACAUUAAAAAUGAUCCGAACAUAAAAAAAAGAAUUUCCUAUGGUGUCUGUUACUAGCGAUAUAAUGCACAUAAAGCGUCAUGAAUCAAGUGUCGCAAUGAAUUUAGUGCUGACAUUUGCGCAAGGAAAUAAUUUGUUGUGGUUGCAAAACGCUUAGCUAUUCCAAAGACACGUACGCUUGAAUUGUGAACGAAAGUUUAUAAACCCGCCGUUUGCUAUGUCAUUGAAGUCUUGCUAAAUUGUUUAAAAAGUGCACGUCGUACCCACGAUUGCUUGGUGGUAGUACACUUACAAAGGUCGUGUUACUCUAGCAAUGUUGUAUAAAUCUCCACGUCGAAAGAAAGAUCCGAUAUUCAGCGUAGCUUCGCACGUUGCCAUCGCGCUUCUCUGCGCGUGAAUUCGGCUUCUCAUAUGACUGUGUGUCACCCUCCAAGUAAGUACAGAUCGAGUCAAGAAAUAACACAGUAAUAACGAGGCAGGUUUCAGGGCGUUCCAUCCGGUCCCACGCCUUGUUUUGUGAAACACGUAGUUGUUGGACUUAUUGAUGCAUGUUUUCUUUUUUUUAAAUCAGGAAUUGUAGAGCAGCUAAAGAGCAGGCAAUACAGAACCAACAUAUCUGUGUGCCUGUCCAUGCUGGUUCUGUGGUGCCUGAUCUUUUGCUGCGCCACCAUUCCGAUAAAAAAGAUACUUACACCGUCUUCGCCUGCUGUGCGUGGUUUUCACUUUUCGGCUCAAGAUUACACAGGGACGGAAGGAAGAACACACGAGUCGAGAGCUCACUAUAAAAUGAAUGCUUCUUUUGAAAAAAAAAUCGCUUAAUAUUAACCAUAGCCCGAAACGCACACUUAUACUGCACAAAAGUUGUUGCAAAAGGGGGGCUUACGUCGCUUACAAGGGCAUAAAAGAACGCUAUUCAGUAUUUGCGGAAAAGAUUUCAGAAAAUACGCGUGGUCAACGAACUAGGACAGAAGGAGAGAAAUAUUCUUUGAAAUAACAUCUGCGCAAAGCAAGUGCGUCUGACAGUGUUAUUUGUUGUUUGCCUUAAAUUUGCGUUCAAAAUAAACGUUGUGUUCGUGAUGAGCGGUCGUGUCGUAAUGUAUCCCUUCCAUCCCUGUCUGAUUUUUGCACUGACAAGCCACACACUUGCCAACUCGCGACCUUGCCCUAAGUACUUGAAAUGUCUCACUGACUAUUCUGAAGAAUGGUUUCAGUUUCUAUUGUAGUGCAAUGAACAUUGUGGGCUUUAAGCUGUGGGAAAGCUAAGUUACAACACGUAAUCAAUCUUUUACCUCGCGUGUAUUUGUGGUCUGCAAGUCAUGCCUGAUGCUGGUGGUGCAAGAAAGCCAUGCCGCAAGACGUCCCAAAGCACUUUUUUAUUGCAUUUAUGGUAUAGUUUUUAUUGCUUGUAUACGCGUAGCGAGUGUAUUAUUGCGUCAUUGAGAUAUUACAUAGACUCGGUAGACCAAAGAAAUGCUCAACGGCAACGUACUGAGUGAACCUGCAAAUGAGUGUGUAACGACGUCUAGUUGUAAGAGUGCACGUAUGGCGUGGUAAUACAAGAGCGACCGUUAUUGUUCGGUUGUGCAUGCAUAUAUAUAUAAUAUGUGUAGAUCACCCUGCAGCUAACUAAGCUUUAGGCGACUAGGUACCAAAGUAUAGAUAAUCGUUGUGACCCUGUCACCAUAGCUUCCGUAAUAUUUUCUGAAGCGGAUGAAUUUGGCGUACAAAAUCGCGAUAUGCACUAGCCUAAUGUGACUUCCUUUUUCCAAAACAAAACCACGCAUUUAGAACCGUAAACACAUUUUAAUGACAAGGUAUAGUUUCCUCCUCCCACAACGGUAGGCUCUCAGUUGGAGAAGAUCUACCUUCAUCUGCCAAACUUUUCACCCAGGCGAAUCUGGAGCAAGGUAACGUCACACGAGGACUGUGCCCAAAGAGCGCGACAGCAUUUGGAAGAAAACUUAUUUUCUAGGCUUCGGCAAUUAGCUGCUGUUUGCAAGCGUCACCAUUAUUGCGAAGAUCCAACCCACAACGAAUCCUUUCUUUUUCUCGCGGCAAAGUGUUAUGGCAUAGGAAAGAGGAGGCGCUAUGACUCCGAGUUCAGUCCUGUUCAUAUAUGUAUGGCGCUGCUUUUUGUGGCCCAAGCGGAGAUUGCUGUGGCAGCUUUAUUAGUUUAGUCCUCAAAUCAUUUGGGAUCCGCUAUGCUCCUUCCAUUGGGAAGGAGCAUAGCGUUCAUGAAAGUACUAAGCUCUGCAAUUGAGAGUAAUUGUGGUGUACAUCGUUAGCACGUGCGUCUUCGGUUAGCGUACAUUUUGUAGCGACACAUGGCCCAGUGAUUCCAUGAAUGCUUUGCCCAUGCAUGCUCGCCCUAUCUGCUCUCAGCCCAGAAAGAUAAGGGGCACCGCAGCUCAGGCUUUGAAGGAACUCAUUGCUUGGGUUUUCCAACGUAAAUGACCUGCUCCCUCUGUGGGCUAUCGUGCCUUGGAGAAUACAAGUCCACUUGUCGAAAUGUUGGCUCCUGCUUUCACCUUGUUAUCGUUUUUCUCAUGGACUUGAAUUUCCACCUUCCGCCUUCCCCGUGUUUUCCAAACAUGAAUUGUGUAUCACCAAAUUAUCUAAGCAUCUGGCAGCGUGUUCGUGAAAUACGUCAUUGUUGCAUCUUGAGACAUGUUUUUUUGGCUUCCAGCUUCGUUCUGCGUCCUUGGUAGAGAAAAAAUAAAUGUAUGUAUUUCUAGUACUUAUGCAAGCAAACGUAGUCAGGCCUCCCUAGUGAAGUGUCGCCAAUUGAAGUCUCCUGGCGAUUCCCCAUUUCCUACGCGGAUAAGAAAAUCUUGUUAGCCUCCUCCGUUAAGAAAGGGUUUCGUAGGAGUAUCAAUCGCCUUCACACGCAUCGCCGUAGUAUUGUGGCCUAUUUCGACAUCGCCUGUGUGAAAUCGUGGCAUGGCAAAAUAUGUCCCAUGAUUUCUAGGUAGUUCUCUUGCGCCGAAAAACCACACUAGGUAAAUUUUUAUUGCGAGGAACGAGAUUUAACUCGACGAAGAAGGAAUACAUUUGUACCGCCUGGUCGCGCGUUAUGAAUUCAUGCGUGUGAGCUGCUGGUCGCCGCCAGCAGUCGGCAAGUGCACAGCCCCUGAGAUCCUUAACAAUACCGCGCAAGCGGCGACCACACGUCGUGUAGAUGCUGUCUAAUGGUGAAAAGCGACUAGAAUGACUAUAGCCUGUGCAAAACGAUGGGCGAAACGACAACAAGGCGAAAGCAGGAGCCAACGUUUCGACAGGUGGACUUGUCUUCAAGGCGACAUAUGCUUUCCUCGCCUAGGUGGGGUUCUCCUAACGGGGAGAGGGCGUAAAGCGGGUGGGUGCGGCAACAAGCGAAGGUGUGUUAGCGGCGAGGGUGUACAGUUGAGAAUAGAGGAGUGCUGUGCACAAGGCCAGGGACCCGGCCGUCUGUCAAUCACGUUUUAACGCUCGUCUGUCAGCCGGCGUGUCAACGGCGUGCACAGCAGCCCCCUGUUUUCUGUUUCGCUGGCCGUCGUGGCCUAUCGCGUCUCGGAAAGAGGCAACAGAAGGCGCGGCGGAAACCGGUGCUCUCGAAAACAAAAGAAAAUACUGAAAUGGAAUAAAUAAAUAGAUAAAAAGAAAAAAAAGGAAAGAAGAAGAAAAAAGAAUGCUUAGAAACCAAACUAAGUGUUGUUCUCUAUAGCUUGAAAUUUAGCAUAGCGAAUACAUUCUAAAGCUCCCUUUGAAACGUUUAUGCCUGUUGGUUGCAAUGUCUUGAACUUAUGGAUAAGAUAUGAUUCUCUGUAUUUUCUUUCUUUCAGGAUGCAAAUUUUACUAUAAGAUCUAGAGUUUAAAUUCAUGAAACUUAUGACCUGAUUAGUUGAAAUGCUCGGCGACGGCUUUGGGAUGCUUUUUACCUGUGUCCGCGCGAUGUCCGUUUAAUCUGACGUUCAUUGAUUGUACCGUUUCGCCGAUAUAUUGUUUCUCAGAGAAAGAAGAUCCAAGCAGUGAGGCUGCACACGAGCUGGCCCGAGCUCUCUGCCACUGGGCGGCUGCGGAACAGCCCGAAGGCGGGGGAAUGAAAGAUGGUGCAAUCGCGUAUCAUGAAAUCACUGAUCAUUACAAACUUGAAAGCAGAGACCUCCCACCUCCGGAUCGGUGUCUCUCCUACAACGAGGCCCGUAUAUUGCAAGCCGGUAAAUACAUCUGCCCAUUUUUGGCCUAUCUUACGCAGACAAGGGACGAAAAUGACGCCAAAUGUAAAGAUUGCGGCGAGAGGGGUACGCUAGACCACAUAAUAUGGGAAUGUGCCAGUUCCCCAGACAUCAAACAAAAUAUAUAUAGUAGAGAAGCCUGGGACGUCUGCCUGCGGAGCGAAGACCGCAACGUCCAGCAGCAAGCCGUCCGCCUUGCGGCUAAGGCCUUGAAGAAGCAACUUCACUAGUCCUGGUGUAGGUGUAGAUUCUGGUGUAAGCUGUUUCGUCGCUAAUUCCGACUGUCACACCAGAAUCUGACAGACCGCCAACCUUUAUAACAAAAUAUUCUAAUGCUUUCCCAGACAAAGAACAUCCUACGACAGUACCACCCGAUAUUAUCGAGCAACCACCGUUCCCGUAUGCACCAAGGGGCACCUAUCGCCGCAACAGGAACCUUAAAGAUAUGUUAGUGCGUGCAAAAUUCCGGCAACAUCAUUUCCUCGUAAUAAAAGCAUGUUGUCGCUCCAGGUUCAAAACAUGCAGGUACCUUCAAAGUGACAUUAAAAUUAAAAGCACCGCAAAUAGUUAUACACACGAAAUCUAGCUUCACUUGGACAAGUUCGGAUGUGAUUUAUAUGCUUGACUGUUCGUUCUCUGAGAAACAAUAUAUCGGUCAAACGGUACAAUCAAUGAACGUCAGAUUAAACGGACAUCGCGCGGACACAGGUAAAAAGCAUCCCAAAGCCGUCGCUGAGCAUUUCAACUAACCAGGUCAUAAGUUUGAUGAAUUUAAACUCUACAUCUUAGAGAGAUUUUUGUUGUGAACGAGAAAGAAAAUACAGAGAAUCAUACCUUAUCCAUAAGUUCAAGACAUUGCAACCAAACAGGCAUAAACGUUUCAAUGGGAGCUUUAGAAUGUAUUCGCUAUGUUAAAUUUGAAGCUGAGGGAACAACAGCUAGUUUGGUUUCUUAGCGGUUUUUUGUCUUAUUUCUGUUUUUUCUCUUUACUUUAUUUAUUCCUCUUUCGGAGACACGAUAGUCCACGACCACCAGCGAAACAGGAAACACAGGGCUGCUGUGCACGCCCUUGACAGUUGGUACUUUCACUGUAGUUAUGUCACACAGUGUCCACCGCUUAUGUCGUAACCUACUUUGUCGAUCUUUUUUUCCUCACACCGGCAUCCGCCAAGAAACGAAGAAAAAAGAACGAAUUCGUCUGUGUGCUCGAGGUAUCGUCAGAUAUUCCUGCGAACGAUGAAGCCAAAACAAUAGCAAGGACAGGUUGUGUGCGCUGUUCCAAGGCAAGCGCGCAGCAAAGUAUACUCUAACUGGGGAGUGUGCGUCGGGCGAUUGCCCGUACAUCGCCGACGUUGCCGAUUGUCGCCGUUAUAAGGCGACCACAUGCGGUGCGUCGACGCUCGCGCGGUGUCACUAAAGUUCGGGAGGCUAUGCGUUUACCACUUCCGAAGAAAUACGCUUACAUAAUACUCACGUUUAUCACGCACACUUGUGCUCCGUUGCUUGUGCAGCGAUAGUUUGCUUGUAUAUAAAUGUUCAUGGUAUCAGAAUCUCACAUGGAAGCUCCUUCUGGGAAAGCGCCUUCGGUGUAACACAGCGUUAACCCAAUUGACUAAAUCGCGUGUGGUGCAUGAAUGGUCACUGUAGGGGUGUCAUCUACUUGUAACAGUUAGCGCGCCAAGAUAUGCUCUUAGGAGGACUCUUGUGAACGUUGCAACGGUAUUGCCUGUUAGUUUGCCGUUUUAGCUAAGGUUUUACCGUCUGUUACAACAGUUUUGUCACUGUACCAUGCUUUAAAAUAUUUUGUCUUCACUCUGUAUUAUUCGAACUGCAACAAUGAGUGACACAAGCGGAUGAACUGCCAAAGCCCUAAAGAGUAUGCUUUUCUGUUUGUAUUUACGAGCCUUUUGAAUACAAGUAUACGAACCCCUGUU